AUGGAUCCCUUCCCCGGUGACGAAUUCGAGCAGCGAUGUGACAUCUUACUGAGGAAGACGGACAUGAAAAAUUUGCUCAUCCCGAGAAAAGAAAUCGAGACAAGUGUCCAUAUAAACUUUGCAGAAGAUAAGCAAAAAUAUCAACGAAGAUUUAAACGUGUUAGGGUAAGGAGACAUGGGAAGAAGGGUGUAUCCCUGAGCUGCUUCUCAGUAGGAAGGACACAAACCAAAUUGGAGAAAUACCUUGCGCGUGAUACGGUCGGAAAAUUGAAGAACCAAAAUGGCACCGCCGCAGAGGUGGAGAAUAAAAUGAACCAUCAUAUUCCCAGCAACUACCGUUUUAUACAAAAUCGCAGGAAGACAACCCCCCUGAGUGAACCCUCAUCACCAGGUGGAAAGCUGUCCCAAUUUAAGGACACCAAACAGAGGGGGAAGAAAAAAUCUGCUGCAUUUAAGGGGCUCUAUGAUGAGCACUUAGAAAAGAAACCCGUGAAUACCCAUAAGGGGGAAAAAAAAAAGUGGACACAUGACUCCCCCAAAAGGGGCAAACAGUUUUGUACGAUCGAUGAUUGCUUAACCACUCAGGUGAGAAAUUAUGCCAAUUGUACUUACCUGUUGGGGAGGAAAAAAUGUUACAAGUGUUUUAUGGCCACCCAGGGGGUAAACACAGCACAGGAGAUUCCCUCCAAGGGUGUCUCCAUAAAUGAGGGCCCCCAAAAAAAAAGUUCGAAGGAAGGCACACACAAAUCAUUCACCUUCAGUUACGGAUUUUACAGCAAAAAGGGAAAGUACCAUGACAAUGAGGAUACAUGUUCGCAUGCCUCAUUCAGUUCAUAUGAAAUACAAAAGGAGGUGGAGCAAGUAAUUCAUCGCAUGGGAAGUAGCAAAAUGAAAUUUAAUCUCUUCGAUGAGCUGUUAAAAAAGUUUUUUAUGCGUUCGUCAAUUCUUCGCCAUAAGAAUCACUCUCCUCGGGAGACUAAAUGCGAUAGACAUAGAAACGAAUUUAAUCCUCCCGCAAAACGUUCAAAUGGAGGCACUUAUAAGGUCUACUUAAAACCCGUCUUGCCACUUUAUCACCUGGAGGGGGAAAACAACCCACCGGGUGACCCUGACCAGCACAACAUGACCUGCAGGUAUUUUUACGAAGAUAGGAGCGGCGAUCACAGGGACAGGAGCGGCCACCGCAAAGAGAAGAGCGAGAAGGAAAACGCGCGCAAUGACACACAUGAUGUCGAACACGGGAUCAAAAAACUACAGUUAAAAUAUUUAACCCAGUGGACAGAGAAAUCCCAAAUGUUAAAUUCCCAGGGGGAAGAAUUGUACCAAACACACAACCCUAACUUACGCUCCUCCCAUUACUAUAAGUUCGUUUGUAAGGUUUGUAAAAAAUGCCAGCAUGUGAAUGCCCAACAGGGCAGGAUGUUGCAUCGGGCAUACCUGCGCUACCUCCAUGGUGUACCCAAAGGGGGUAGGAAGAAGACGAAAAAAAAAAAGAAUGAAUCGUACCACAAGAUGAGCGCUUACACCUCCUCCAGCUGCUCAGAAGAAUUUAACUACGUGAGGUUUUCUCCCCAUCAUGGAAAUAAGCGUUACGAGGGAAAAGGCAGAAGGGAAACAGGCGCAACGAGCGCAACGGGAGCAAAUGCAGAUCGGGAUUUUCCUUCCCUCUCCGCUGCUAUACACAUGAACAACAUUAACGGUCCAGGCGGACAUACACAUGAAUCCACCCACGGGGAUGGCGAACACCACCCGAGUGAUUUCUCCCCAAGUGGAGGCGCAACAAAAAUAUGUAACACACUGACCGACUACCUCACGAGCUGCAAAACCUGCAGGCAUCUGCUCAAAUAUGAUAACAUGGCGAACGAUUUUUUGUUAAAUUUUUGGAAGACGAAUGAUUUUUUGAAACAUCCAUUUUGCCUGAACAGGUCAGAAAAAAAAAUGCUCAACUUACUUGUAGCUAGCCAAGAGAAGGAAAAGACAAAGUUUGCACAGAAUUGCAGAAAUGAUGAUGAACAAAGUGGUGGCUUAGCUCAUGACAGGAGUGAAGACGAAAGGGGCAGGUACCACUUCUGUUCUCAUUCCGAUGUGGAUACCUACCAAAACUGGAAAGAGAUGCAAAUGUGGAAGGAUGAGUUGGAGAAACGCUGCGCGAAAAAAAAUGCCCCGAAUGAAUGGGACAGAGAAAGAGAACCCUCUCGAAGUUUCCUCAAGCGGAAGAGACAGAAGAUGAUGCGAUCGACAGAGUGGACAAAGUGCAUGGACAAAAUGCGAAGGUAUCUCUUUGAACAAUACUACGAGAGAUUCAUUGCAGCGAAGGAAACGAAGUCGGGUGAAGGACACUCCGAUGUAUCUUCUAAACACAGAGGGGUAGACAACAACUUCGACAUGCACUUGUUCACCAUAUGCGAUGGUCAUGGCGAUUCGCAUGCUGCCCACUUCCUAAUUCAAAAUGUGCACAAGGUUUUUUACUACCUCCUCAUUCACACCCUCUUCAAUGUUCAUAUGUCCCUAAAAUUACUUCACCCCCUGUUGGAUUUUUUAUACUAUCGGGAGUGUACAGAAGAAAAGAGUGGGAACUGUUCAGGCUCGUGUAUUAUUAACAUCCUUCUGAGGGAGAAUUACCUUUAUGUGAAUAACACGGGGGAUAGCAGGUGCGCCCUGAUGACCUUUCACCUAGACAAGUUUGAAUACAGUAUGGAAACCCCAGCGGAGGAGGAGAGGGAGGACAACUGUGAGAGAAGAAAGAAGCGAAGAGGGGGAAAGCACAAGAGGAACAAGCAGCGCGAUGCGCACACCGUUGGCAGCGACUCCGACUUUGAUCGUGAGUACAAGGCAUACGUCAUCAACACAAACUCAUUUUCGUACAACGAGCUGAAUUGCGAACACAACUGCAAUAGUUACAUGGAGUACUUGCGAAUGUAUAAGAUGCAAUUGUGUGAGGAGUUAGUGUGUCGGCAAGUGAAGGCAGGGGAGGGGCAUCGCCCUGGAAAGAGGUGCAACGAGAAUGAGGACUCUUCCGUCAGUGGGCCCCCUGGGGACAAUCUUCGAAACGGUGUGCAGGAUGAAGAACACAUGGAGACACUUCCCGACGUGAAGAAGACGAAGAAAAAGGCGGAUCUGAAAAAGACCAAAAUGGAUAGCCACUUGAACAAACAAAUUGUAAUGCUUAAUGGGUACCUACUAAGAGAACGCGGAAAGGAAAUAAACAUAGGGAACCUAUCCUAUGAUUUAAUAAAAUAUAAUAGAGUGGACGGGUGCCUACAUCCGUGCAGAGUUAUUGGAGACUACGACUUGAAGAGGAAGUACUGCAAUGGACAUUUCAUCUUGUCCAACGAUUCAAAUGUGUACAAGUACGACAUGAAUAAUAUCAAUUUGGUCAAUAUGAUUCGUUAUUUAUACUUGACCAAGUUCUGCGUGGCAUGCAGGAGGAGCUACCUCCUCAGUAGCUAUGGCAAGUUUGGGCCCAUCAGGGAAAUUGUCCUUUUGGACGCUCCGGAGGAGGGACGCCAAGGGGAAAAAACCCACACGAUGGACGCUUCUAAUCUACAACAUAGCACCAUUGUGAGCAGCGCAGAGGUGCCUACUAAAUCGCGUCAACCGCGUCAACCACGUCAACCUUCCGAGGGGAAACCUCCCCCCGCUGGAUUGUGUUUAAAAAUUUACAGGGACGGCGCGCUGGACAGUAACGUGCUUGGCAAUCAGGUGGAAAAGAAAAAAGAAAACCUCCCUGUACAGAUAAAUGAGCGGUUUGCACCCUACAUUAACAUCAAAAGUGUUUCCAUGAAUGAAAAUUAUUUAUGCAGGAAGGAACGAAGAAACUUUUUCCACUUGCUGAUCAUUGCCUCAGACGGCGUUUUCGAAUACAUCAACCCGCACUUCGUAUUAAACAUUUUAAAAAAAAACAAAUCCGUGUAUGCCAAGGUGAGGAAGCUGUACCGAACGUACAACAUGCGAGAGUUGUGCACAACCACCGCAGGAAGUACCCCCCGACGGGAUAUAAACAAAAUGAUGCACAGGUAUAUGCUCACAAAAGAACAUUGUACUAAACUGGCUAGGGACCUUGUCAAGAGUUCAAUAAUGCAUGGCAAUUUGGACGACAGCACAUGUUUUUGUAUUUUUAUAUUUCCUACUUUUUUUGUGUGUGGAUAA